AGUCGUUGUGUUCGAGCAUUGUGGUGUCGGAUUGGCGAUCCGGUUUCCUUGUCUCGGCGAAUUGUACAAUCCGUUAUGUCGCCAAACCCUCCCGGGACAUCAGCGCGACGCCUUUGAUGCAUCUGACUGAGUGUAUUGAUGUGGUUCUUAGCAAAAGACUGUUGGCUAAUGUUAUAGAAUGGUUUAAAAGCAGAGUGAACCGACACCUGUGAUCAUUAGGUCUAUUUCAAUAGGGAAAAGUAGGAUUGAACCCAUGAUGUUCCCCUCCACAUGCAAUCCCAAAAUAUGAAUUUCCUUCUUUGUUAAGCACAAAGUGGGAAAGAAAACACUCAAUUGGGUAUUAAGUAGUGCAUGCAAGUUUGGAAUUUUUCCCUUCCCUUGUCCCCUCAAUAAAGCUUUCCUAAGUAGAUUCCUAGAUACAGCAAGACUCCCAACCCCACAUCACAACAGAAAGAUACCAAACCGUCCCAACAUCAAAACACGAGAACCCAAGCUAACUCCCUCUUCCUUCCCACGUCCCUCCCAACACUUAGAAAUCAUCUUUGGGGAAAAAGGAAGGAACUCCCGUUUGUGCUUGGCCCUCAUGUUGUCUCUCGAGAGGCAAAAAUCUAAUCCCUCAUCCUAUCGUUCCCUCUAACAUGGCAAGUAAAGAGCACGACCCGUGGCAAGAGCAGCGGACCCACCCAAUCAUCUGGUGCGCGGCCAUCAUCUGCGCCAUCAUCGCGGUGGCCGCGAUCGUCGCGGGCAUCGCCGUGUUCAUCGGCUACGUCAUCAUCCACCCCCGGGUGCCCUUCAUCAGCGUCGUCGAUGCGAGCCUCGACAUCUUCCAGGUCGACCUGGCCGGGGUUCUGGUGUCCCAGGUAAGCAUCGACAUCAAAGCCGAGAACGACAAUGCCAAGGCCCACGCGAGCUUCCACAACAUGGACUUGGUGCUCAGCUUCGUCGGGCUGGACAUCGCACAGCUCCGCGCCGACCCGUUCGACGUGAGCAAAAAUGAUUCCAAGACAUUCCACUACGUAGUGCAGUCGUUCCCGAUCUCGCUCGCCCCGGAGCAGACCCAGAUCGCCAGCAGUUCGCUGACGCGGAACCAGGUCACGUUCAAUCUGAAGGGCACUGCCAGGGCUCGGUGGAGGGUGGGGCCUCUGGGCUCGGUCAAGUUUUGGUGUCACCUAGACUGUCACCUCCAGUUUCACCCUCUAAACCAGACCUACACGAACGCCAACCGUUGCACUUCAAGAGGCAGAUGAGAGGGAAAACAUUCAGGCUCAUCGGCUCGGUCCGCUGUGAAUCUUGGGUCAAUUGCAAUCAUCGACGACGGCAAGUCUCGUGUGAACUUUUAAUAAACGCGAUCGAGCAGCUCCGAUGACAUCGAUAUUUACGAACCCGAACCAUGCAAGUAUGUCUCCAUUUUCUGCACUUGUACCCAUGAUCCCCCUUGCUAAAUAUGCACACUUUAUGCCUUCCAUUUUAGGCUUAGAGUAACAAAGCUGUAAUUUUUCUUUCUGGAGUAAUAAAGCUGCUAGAGCUA